CAUCGUAAAAAUUGCGUUCGCGUGUUGAUCUUCAGUCUUCCUGCGCAGGUUCUAGAGAAAAAUGACCAAUAAAUUCAAGUAGAGCAGACUUGUUGAAGAAACUCUCUGAGGGAGAAGCGAUAGCGGAAAACACAAAAUGGCUCGGAAUUCCGAAAAGGCAAUGACAAAGCUGGCGCGAUGGCGCCAAGCCCAGAUGGAGGAAGGGAAGGUCCGAGAGAAGCGACCGUACCUAGCCACCGAGUGCGAGGACCUACACAAGGCUGAGAAGUGGAGGCGACAGAUCAUAUCGGAGACGUCAAAGAAGGUCGCACAGAUACAAAAUGCUGGUCUUGGUGAGUUCCGACUCAGAGACUUGAACGAUGAAAUCAACAAACUCCUGCGAGAGAAGACUCACUGGGAGGCACGGAUCGUCGAGCUAGGAGGACCUGACUACCGGAAAAUUGGUCCCAAGAUGUUGGACAGAGAAGGCAAGGAAGUGCCAGGCAACAGGGGCUACAAGUACUUUGGAGCAGCCAAGGACCUGCCGGGGGUCAGGGAGCUCUUUGAACAUGAACCUCCUCCACCUCCCAAGAAGACCAGAGCAGAACUGAUGAAAUUCAUCGAUGCGGAUUACUACGGUUACAGAGAUGAGGAUGAUGGGGUUCUGGUGCCUCUUGAAAUGGAACAUGAAAAACAGAUCAUUGCAGCAGCAGUGAGCGAAUGGAAGGCUAAGAAGGAGGCGGGGUUGCUAAGCGACGAGGUCACCAAGGAGCAAGAAGCUGAGGAGGAUAUUUACGCCAUUACACACGAGCCAGAGUCUGAAGAUGAGGAAGAUUCUUCCCAGAUGGAGACAGACGAAGGCCAGCCUCGAUACGUCGCCCAUGUUCCAGUACCCUCACAAAAAGAGGUUGAAGAAGCAUUGUUAAGAAGAAAGAAGAUGGAAUUGUUAGAGAAGUACGCCAGCGAGACACUUAUCCAGCAAGGAAAUGAAGCCAAAACAUUAAUGGGUCUAUAGCAAAAAGGGAUUUUGUAUUUGCUUUUUUUAUUUAACAACCAUCAAGUAAUGUAAAGAUGUACUGUCCAUACUAUUUCGGGGUUUUACCCUAAAAAGAUACCUAAAAUACAAAAUGUACUCACUUUUAAAUGAACGAAAAAAAUGGGGCCAAAUAUAGUUGUGGGGUAACAACUUAACUUUUUGUGAAUUAUUGGAGCCAAAUUUUAUUCAGUGCGCAUAAGGUAAACUGGUACCUGCCCCCUAUCUGAAUCAGUAAUGUAAGGACUGGAACCAGUCUACUCGUCUACUAGAGCAGAUCUGUUUGUGUGCAAAAGAAACCAACAUGUAAGCCUGUUUUAAGUGGGUUGUUCUUUAAAAGAUUAAAUUUGUUGAAGAGCACGUACAGUAUAUCUUUAAAGGUAGGGUAGAUCAUUUGUCAUUGGUGCAUUUUUUGUUCGUUUGAAGCAAAAAAAGUACUCAAAAUCUAAAGAAGGGUGCUUCUAAGCAGAGCUAAAACAGAGCUAAAAAACAGAGCUAAAAAAGUUUCAGCUCUGUGAGUGCUGUAUAUUCUGAGAAAACAAUAUUCUAGGAUCUCGGUUUCAAUUCAAAAGUUGCCGAGUCGUGUUUGAAUUGCGCCUGAAAUCGGCGUCCAGGACACGUUCUCAUUCAGCCGAUUGCAGCUAUGCGAUGUCACGCACUGAACCGACGAAUUAUAGUAACUGCACGUGCGUAUGCAUCGUGUCAACGCUUGCGCGCACCCAUUCACGGCUUCACCGAAGUUGCCUUCUUUCAUUGUUUUCUCCAAAAUGACAGCAUGCCAGAAAGGAUAAUUUCACAGGGAGUUUUAACUCCCUGUGAAAUUAUCCUUAAAAGUGCCAUUACUAUCUUCCAACCAAGUAUGCUUUUCAACAAUAAUUUUGUCAGUUACUUUUUGGAUAGCUGCAAACGAUCUACUCUGCAGUUGUGAGAAAGUGACCCCCCCACUUUAUUGUCUAUAUUUUUUUUGUAACAUUAUCUGAUUUACAUAAAUGAUGAUGUAUCCUGUGUAAAUAAAAAAUGGACUCGCAGUGGAAUUAGUCUUUGCUUCUGUUUAGACAAUAUGAAUAGAGGGCCUUUUUGGGGAGCACUUUUUGGACCUUAAUAGUAAUAAUGCCAGAGGCCAAACAAUGUUUUUUAACUUGUACUUCUUCUUCUGGGAGGGAUAAUCUGUAUUACUAUAUGAAGAACAUGCGCUUCAAAGCAUUAUUUUUCAUUGUACAUGUAUUAUUCAUUCCAUGAUGCCAUUUCUAGAACCUUAUAUUUGAUAAGUUUCUGGCUUAGAGUCUUUUGUAAAUAUUCCUCACUUGAAUGAGAGUGCAUUGUACCUUGCAUACAACUUUUUGGGAAAAAAUAAUGUAACAUGCCAAAAACACUAACUUUUUUGUGAAGUACGUGUGUUUUUGUUUGUUUUGUUCUUUCAUUUAACAAAAAAUAAAUAAAAUGCCGUAUGCCUUAACUUCAACAAAAAGGUCUCAUUUCAUUAUCAGGUCAAAAAUAUACAAGAGUUAUUUUUGAUUGCCAGUGGAUAAAUAUAGCAGUUUUACCGGUGUUUGAUGAAGAUAAGCCAAUUGAAGAAGCUACUCUAGUUUUAAUUAUAGGAUGUCGAUGAUAUUUUGGGAAAGAUUCCCAUAUCUGGCCAUCACUUAUCACACGCUGUGCACAAACCCUGUGAGACUGGUCUGAAAAUUUGUG